GGCAACGCUGUGCACUUGUUUUGGGCGCUGGUUCGGUGAGUGGUUCCGGUUUAAAUGGCAUCGUCUGGACUCGUCGUUUUAUUAAUUACCGCUUGAAUUGGCGUCCAGCACAUAUUUACAAAUCUAAAGAAUGAAUAGGUUCGUGUGGUGUGACGAGAACCUCCGACCGGACGAAGUCGUUUUGAGGAAACAGCCCGGAGUGGCGCUCUACGACGGCGAUAGAAAGAGUCCCUUCGUAGGGGGCGAGUUGGUGCUGUCGUCCCAUCAAGUCUACUGGAUCGCCAGCUCAGAGAGACAGCGUCUGGGACUACACCUGAGCCUGGUCAUUUUCAUCGAAGAGCAGAGUGCAACUUGGAGCAAGAGCCCGAAGAUCGUGGCCCACCUGAGUGCGCCGAACGAGGACAAGCAUGUGGGUGCCGUGCAGAGCAGCCCCUUCAACUACGUCCGCUUCUCCUUCCGCAGCGGAGGUGCUUCUGAGGUAACGCCGCACCUGCGGUGCUCAAGAAAGCGUUGCUUAAACGGCCAUAUUUGCUUUCAGUUUUACCAGGAAAUGCAGAAAGCAUUGCAGAAGAAAGACUGGCUGAAGAUGCCAACCGUGGAUUCGAGAGGUAAAAAGAUCCGCACCGGCAUCGUGGGCAUUGAGCGGCAGAUCCAAGCAAAGCACGAUGAAGCGGACAAGAAUAUUUCCGCCGCCUUCGAGGACCUCAGCAAGCUGAUGGACAUGGCGAAAGAGAUGGUGUUCCUCUCAAAAAGCAUCUCUCAGAAACUCAAAGAGAAAGGGAGCUCGUUAACAGACGACGAGACGAUCACCUUCAAGUCUCACCUGCUGUCCCUGGGGAUCAGUGACCCGGUGACCAAGAGUAUGUAUGGUUCUGGUAGCACUUACCACAAGGAGCUGGCCAAGCAGCUGGCGCAGGUCCUCGAACAACACGUGCAGGAUGCCGGCGGGAUCUUGGCACUGACGGAUGUCUACUGCAGGGUGAACAGAGCGAGAGGAUUAGAGUUGCUAUCACCCGAGGACCUGCUGAAUGCCUGCAAAAUGAUGGAAGCGAUGGAUCUGCCUUUACGGAUGCAAGUCUUUCCAAGUGGCGUAACGGUGCUGAGGCUGGCAACGCAAAGCGACGAGAAGCUCGCGGCCGAGACGAGGCAGUUGCUUGACGAACACGGGUCACUGUCGGCAGAAGACCUGUCCCCGCUCAUCGAGAUACCGGUCAUCUUGGCAAAGGAGAGGCUGCUGAGUGCCGAGAGCGAAGGUCUGGCGUGCCGGGACGACUCCGUAGAAGGCCUCCGAUUUUAUCCCAACUUUUUCUUGGAGCGGUGCAACUAACAACUGCUGUCGUUAGGAAUAUGCUCCAAAAGCCUCACACCGAAACACUCCACAUUGCGAGAUGGAUUCUUUUCUGUUCUGCCGCGCCACUGGGGGACACCAAAAAUGCCGUCACGCGUGGGACUCUCUUUAUUGUCACGAACGCGAAAAUCCGACAGACCUACAAAUAAAGGGAAAAUGAAAGACGGACAAGAGCCGCCCUAUGCAGAA